UAAAAAAGGCGUUCUCAACGCAAACAAAGCAAAACGCCAAAACCUGGUACCACUAUUGGUACAAAAGAGUUACAAUACCACUUUUACUUGCAACGUGCUAAACCAUAAGCGGAUUGAUAAGAGACUAAACUUCAAUCCUGACAGAAACCUAGAUCUAACUUCACAAGUAAGCAAGCUAACCAGACAAGCAAACGAGUUAAUAUUUGCACCUGGAAGACAGAUUACAACAACAUCCCCAAGCUGGAGCAGCUAAGCUUGGACUGGGAAAUCUUCUAAUAUAAGUGCAUAUUCGGACUGGAAGGAGAUUGGCGCUUACAAGCUGCUGAAGCUACAAAGCCUGGACGGGAACACCUUCAACAGUUCCACUGCCCCCUCCAAAAGUUAGGAUCUGAACACUUCUAUGACUAUGAUAAGUUUUUACUGAUUCUCUAUCAGGCUAGAUCUACUAGAAACUAACCUUCUAUGCUAGAUAGAGUAUAUGAGCGGAUCUAGUGAGAUGAAAGUGUGGGUUUGAGGUAAAAGAGAGGGUGGAUUUCUAUUGAUGUUGACUCCCUGCAUCUUUGAUAAACAUCAGAGCUUCUUCUGGGUUUCAAUGUAAGAGUAAAUUGAACUGAAUUGUGGUUCCUUUAUUCCGGUCAAACGCAUUCCAGAUCGAUUAGAAGAUAUUAAAGUGUUUUGGCAUGGCUGAAGCUGCUGUUUCCGUUGUGGUAGAAAGGCUAGCUUACAUACUCGAAGAGAUUGAUUUUAAAACAAAUGUUCGAGAUGAAGUUGUGCGUCUACAAGAUGAAUUGAUGCGGAUGCGAUGUUUCUUGAGGGAUGCGGAUGCAAAGCAAGAUGAUGAUGAGAGAGUGCGGAACUGGGUUUCCGAUAUUAGAAAUGUUGCUUAUGAUGUUGAGGAUAUCAUUGACACAUUCAUCCUCAGAAUUGAUUCCGUCAAGAAAAAGAACCCCAUGAGAAGGUAUGCUUCCAUUUUCGUAGAUUGGAAACAUCGCUCCAAGAUUGCGAAGGAGCUCAUGGCCAUCCAGGGAAGAAUCCUUGAUAUAUCUGAGAGUCGUGAAAAGUAUGGUAUCAAGAACAUUGGAGAGGGGAUUAGCACUGCGAGGGAGAGGCUCCGGAAGCAGAGAAGAUCAUCUCCUCGCGGUGAAGAAAAGGAUAUUGUUGGCCUGGACGAAGAUAUAGCUAAGCUGGUGACACAACUUGUCCAAACUGAGGACCAGUGGCAUGCGAUUUCAAUAGUCGGAAUGGGGGGCAUUGGCAAGACCACUCUUGCCAAAAAGGUUUACAAUCAUGAUGAUAUCCAGGCCCGUUUUCCUACCCGAGCAUGGGUCUAUGUAUCCCAGGAAUUCAGUACUAGAGACAUACUUCAGGCAAUUAUAAAGCAAGUGGCGACAACAGGACGAAAGUUGGAAUCGUUGCGGGAAGAAGAACUGGAAGAAGUUCUAUAUGACCACCUUCGAAAAAAACGGUAUUUGGUGGUCCUGGAUGAUGUAUGGAGCAUAGAAGCAUGGAAUUCUCUGUCUGAGGCCUUUCCAGACAGAAGUAAUGGAAGCAGAGUGAUGCUUACUACUCGCAACAGGAGUAUUGCCCUCAAAGCUGAUGCUAGAAGCAUUCCCCAUGAUUUGCAUUUUCUGAGCGAAGAAAAUGGUUGGCUGUUGUUCUGCAAGAAAGCUUUCAUUGAUAGCGCUGACGCCCAUCGUUCCCCACAGUUGGAGGAAAUUGGGAAGGAGAUUGUUGAAAAAUGUGCUGGUUUACCACUAGCCAUCCUUGUGAUGGGAGGAUUGCUUUCAAGAAAAAGAAAUGUGGGAGAAUGGAAAAGGGUUCUUUCCAAUAUGAGCUCAUUCUUUGCUCAAGACCCAAAUGGGGUAUCAGCUAUACUGGCUUUGAGUUACAACGAUUUGCCAUAUUACCUCAAAUCUUGUUUCCUCCAUCUCGGACAGUUCCCUGAAGACCACCCCAUUCCCUCGCAUAAAUUGUUUAGGCUAUGGAUUGCGGAGGGUUUGAUACCAGAGCAAGGUGAAAGGAUGGAGGAUGUAGCAGAGGAUUACUUGAAUGAGUUAAUUGAGAGAAACAUGGUUCAAGUAGCCAAAUUGAGUGUCAGCGACAGAGUUAAACAAUGUCGUCUUCAUGAUCUACUACGAGACCUCUCCAUCUCGAAGGCCAAAGCUGAGAGCUUUCAUGAAAUUCAAGGGAGUCAAAAUACACAUCCUUCAGCUAGAUGUCGUCGUCAUGCCAUCUACUCUACCUUCAAUUGGCGACAAUGCAAGCAUACAAAUCCCCAUCUCCGCACACUUCUCUUCUUUAGAGUUGAUCAUCACAAAAACCAGGUUAAGUAUUAUAGAAAUGAUCCUUACAAGAUGGAAGGCAGCGAUUUAGAUUAUGUUGGCAAAAAUUUCAAAUUGCUCAGAAUUCUGGAGUUGGAGGGUAUACCAUGUACUACCAUUCCGAGCGUAAUUGGGUUACUCAUUCAUUUGAAGUACUUGGGGCUAAAGGAGACGAACCUACAGGAGCUUUCAUCAGCCAUAGGUUCUUUGCGAAACCUACAGACUCUUGAUGUAGCUGCAAAUCUUCAUCUGAAAACAAUUCCCAAUGUAAUAUGGAAGCUAACAAAAUUACGAUCUCUUUAUAUGUGUGGGCAUAAAUAUGGGGGGCCAAUGCGAAUUGACACACUACAGCAUCUCCAAGCUUUAUCAGAGAUAAAUGUCGAAAAAUGGAUGCAAAACAACUCUGCAAAUUUAACCAGCCUGCGGAAAUUGGGAAUCAGAGGAAACUUCAGCUUGCAAGCUAAUGAAAUAUUCAACUCCAUUGUGGCACUUGUACAACUUCAGUCCCUGUACCUGCGUACCGAAGAUGCUGAUUUUCCGUUGUUCACACAAUUUUCUGCUCUUCAAAAUCUAGUCAAGUUGCAUAUGAGAGGAACGAUAAGGCAAUUACCUAGCUCGCAGGAAUUCCCACCAAAUCUGUCUCAGUUGACAUUAGCACAUACUCAUCUCAAGCAAGCUUCAGUGGGGAUACUAGAGAACUUGCCAAGAUUAUUGAUUCUGAGACUAAAAGCACGUUCCUAUGAUGGAGACAAAAUGGCAAUAUCUGUCAGUGGCUUUCCUCAACUUGAGUUCCUGGAGUUUCACUCCUUGGAAUCCUUGGAAGAGUUAAAUCUUGAAGAAGGUGCAGUUGUAAGGCUUAGGAGUUUCCGGAUCAUCAAUUGUGGAAACUUAAAGAUGCUCCCUGAAGGAACAAGAUCCCUUAGUGCCCUACGUGAGUUGGACAUUGAAGAAAUGCCAAAAUCAUUCGUGGAUAGGAUUCGAGGUGAAGAUUUUUACAAAGUGCAACAUGUUCCCUCUAUCUUGUUUGUUUAAUUUGCAGUUUCAAUAAAGAUUGUAGCAAAUGGCAAUACCUUAAACCAUAAACUAUUCAUGGCUUCAUACAGAUUUGGAUCUCUUAGUCUUACAACUGAAACUUUUUGUUGUGAUUUAUGUACCUUGUUCCUGACCUAACCCUCCAAGGUCACACCAGAUUCAAUUUCAUGUAAGAGAAUUCACUGGGAAGAAGAGCAAUCACUCCGUCGUCCUAUUCAAACGUUGAAAGAUUAACACAUUUAAAAUGUUGCUAUAGUAAUUUAUGAAGGUUGAUGACAGAUUCUGUCGGUGGCAGCUAGAAACUACAUUGUCGAAGGAACAUGUAACAGAUUGGAUCACUUGUUCAUAUGUCUGAAAUCAAUGUCCCAACUCCAAAGUAAAGUUUUGACCUGAUUAAUUAUGAUAGAGUGGGCCGAGCUCGUUUCUUCAUGAGAUGAAAAAGGCCCAAAAACCCACUGAAAUUGCACAGUGUGGCUGGCAUGGCCACACAUUUGUUGACGUUUGUUACCACACUUGCUACUGUUCUAGACUCUUCUUUCGAAGGUCAGUAACAACUGCCCCCUCCACCACAUUCCAUUCAACGCCAAAAAAGUAAAAAAAUAGAUAAACCCCGAAAGAGUACAAAAGUAACCAUCAUC